AAAUAAUGUUCGAAAACGCGCGUGAAGUUUUUUUUCCCCAUCAUUUACCCACUCUUCUCCACGCUUACCAAUCUGCAAUGGGCGUUCACAGCAUCUUAGAAUCCUGUGCUCCAAUUGGUUGAAGAUAAUGGCCUGCUUGUGGCCUCUAGCCAGCAGGGGCAAGUAGAUUGUGGCGUCGGGUCACUGAGAGAAGAAGUACUUUUCUGUCUGCAGCAGUUUUCCUGGCGCCUUUUUUUUCCCCACUUCAUGAUCUUUAGUUUACAUCUGCCGUGUUUUUGUUGGAGACGGCCAUUCGUAUUUAGUCAAGAGAACCUCUUCGAAAUAUGUGCUCGUAGUUUCUUCUCUGCGGUAAUAGUUCGAGUAGAAAAAUGAUUUACAUUUUGCUGUUAUUGCUGGGGGUAUCUGCAUAUUCUGAAGCCUCCGAGAGAACAUGUGAGCCCAUACGAAUCGAGAUCUGCCGAGAUAUUGGAUACAAUGUAACAGGUAUGCCGAAUCUCGUAGGGCAUGAACUCCAACAAGAUGCCCAACUUCAACUACAGACAUUCCAACCUCUGAUCCAGUACGGUUGUUCAUCUCGUCUUCAAUUCUUUUUGUGUUCCGUCUACGUUCCAAUGUGUACUGAGAAAGUACCCGAUCCUAUAGGACCGUGCCGAUCACUCUGUGAAGAUAUCCGGGAUAAAUGUCAACCAGUGCUCCAGGAGUUUGGAUUCCCCUGGCCUUCUGGAUUAAACUGUUCUAAAUUCCCUCCUCAAAACAACAACAAACACAUGUGCAUGGAGGGUCCAGCCGACUCAUCUUCUGACCCAAACAUGCGCAUGCGAAGUAGAAAUCGUCGGCCUAAUGUUAUACGAAAUGAUGUAACAUUUUCAGAUCGUAAAAUGUUGCCUUUUAACAAGAUGUUUUCUCAGCACUAUGGACUAUGUAAAAAUUACAGGUUUUCGGAUCAGUACUAUUACAUUAACCGCACCCAAAAGUGUGCCCAUUUGUGUUCAGCGAAUAUCAAAUUCACCCAAGAAAAUAAACUAUUUGCUGAUUAUUGGGUGGCAGCCUGGUCUAUAUUAUGUUUUGUAUGCACUCUGUUCAGCCUGUUUAUUGUGUUUAUGGGUGAAUAUAAAUUAUCUCGCUUCCCUGAAGCCGUUAUUGUGUUUAUUUGCAUCUGUUUCAAUUUCUGUUCUGCUGCCUACAUCAUUCGAUUCUUUGUUGGGAGAUAUUACUCAUCAUGUCACAUGGAUCACCAACAUGGUGUGGCUAUUUUAGCCCAAGAAGGACUGGACAAUGCAAGCUGCAUGAUCAUAUUUAUUGUACUGUACUGCUUCAAGCUAGCUACAGAUACAUGGUGGGUGAUUCUGUGCAUAACUUGGUACUUGACAAACUGUCUCAAAUGGAAGGCAGAAUCCAUUCUUAAAUAUAGGAAUCUCAUCCACACUUUUGGCUGGGGUAUACCGAGUUGUCUAACCAUCGUGGCCAUGAUUACACGAGUUUCUGAUGCUGACGAACUGGUUGGUAUAUGCUACGUUGGUAACCAGAACACGCAAAAUCUUCUGUUUUAUGUUCUGAUACCCAAUGGGCUACAUUGGGUCAUUGGAAUCUUUUUUCUGUUCUUGGCAGCCUUACCCAAGAAAUGUCGCAAUGAGGUUUACACUCACGUACAAGUCAAUCCAAAUGCCUUACCCAACACCAGAAAUGAAGAUGACAUGUUAUCUUAUGUUGGUAUAUUUGCAUAUUUGUACACUAUUCCCGCUUUGUGUGUCAUUUCUGCAGAUUUAUACGAAUAUAAAAAUCGUGAUGAAUGGGUCUCUGCCAAUUCACAAGCUGCGCCCAUUGUCGAGAUCUUUUCUUUGAAAGUUUUUAUGCUUCUCAUAAUGGGGGCAGCUGCCAGUUUUGUCAUUUUUACAUCCAGUGCUCGAAAACGUGCAUUUAAAACACUUUGUAGAAGGUUUACAAGAAGGAAAGAACCCGUGCCUUCUUACUUGCGUGUAAAUCCUCAAGUUUUGCAAAUGUCAGUUAGGACAAAAUCUUCACUAAGCAAAACAAAUAGUGAGACUAUUAUGUGAUCAUUUACAUUGUACAUAUCUUUAAAACUUGUUCCUUAUCAUUCAGACAAUGCAGUUUCAGAAAAUAAUUUCAUAUUCUCUUUUGUCGUUUUAAAAAGUAAUAUUUUUUAUAACCUUUUUAUGAAAAAUCAAAAUAUUUAGCUUUGUUAACUCAUUGGAAUAACUUUGUGUGUCUCCGUGUAUUUAAAAAAAACUUUCAUUUAAUCGCGUAUGUGAGAUAUCCAGAUCUUAUCAUUUUAAGAAUGUAUGCAGGGUUCUGUCCAGGCCAAAUUUACCAUUUAGCGGUACCUUCACAAAUUCAACUUUAGGAAAAACGGUAGUUUUAUUUUUGUAUCCCGUAAGAAACAAUAAGUCCAUAUCAUUACAAUAUUUUUGUGUUGAUUUUUUAAUGUAAUUUUUAAUUUUCACAAAUCAUGCCUAAAUUUUCAUAAAUUAUGUCUAAAUUUCCACAAAAUAGGUACCUCUCAGAAAAACCUAGACAGACCCCUGGUAUGUAAAUUAUUUUUUGGAUUAUGUUCAAAACCAACUAAUAAAUGAAAAAGAGACUAGAUGUAAAUAUAUAUGGUGAGAAAUUCGUGAUUUUCCAUGAGCCGUUUGUUAAAUUAAAUUUAUCUAAAUAUAACUGCUACUUUAUUAAUGAUGUACAUAAUUUAUGUAUAAAGACUUGUUCUGUGAUUUAGAUUUUUUGAUGUAUAUGUACAUAUCUAAUGAAAUUAUCAAUUUUUAAAUUUAGGUUAUACAAAAAAUAAUAUCCUCUUGCUAAUUUAGUAUUAAAUAUAGACGGAAUUUUAUAAUCCUCCAAACUUUUCCUUAAAGAUGUGUAAAUCUCCUUUAUUAUUUUUAUUAAUCAUUUGAUCCCAGAUCAAAGGAAAAUAUUUUGACUGGAGUAGUCAAUUUUUUAUUACUAUUAUUUAAUUACUAUGAGUUUAUUAUUGAACUUCAAUUAAUUUUCAAAUCAUGUAUGACUAUACUACUGUAUGAGUCGUUUUGAAUGUUAGUUUUGUUUAUCUUCUUUGUAUUUUAAUUGAAAUAUUCCAACAAUUUUUGUUAAAAUAUGUUUUAUUAGCUUUGUCUCGCAGUAGUUUUUUCUGUCUAUAAUACAAAAAAUUUCUAAAAUGAGAAAGCAAUAAUUUUAACUGGACUUAAUGUUUAGUAUUUUCAUUCUAUAAUAUAUACUUAAUGUUAAGUUUGUAAGAUUUGAUGACUGUUAAAAAUAUAUUUCAUAAGUUUUAACUGUUAAUUUCUUUAUAUUUCAUGAUUUCUAUAUUCUCCAGUAUUUAACAAUGUUUAUGUUGUGCGGGAAGGGAAUCUUAAAUUUCAAUACUAGACUUAAAAGCAUCAAAAAAGUAAUUUUUCUUUAUUUAUUGAUCAUGGUCAUGUUUAUGAAGUAUUGAAUUAAAUCUUCCAAAACGUUGCACUUAAUAUAGGAAUUUUUACUUCUAUUUUUCUAUUGGAUUCCAUUGAAUUGAUCUUUUCUAAUAGUUUGGGAAAUUACAAAAUGAUUGUUUAAUUUGUGAAAAUAAUGAAUAAGCAAUAUGCUUUAUAGAUAGAUUUUUUUCUAUGCUAUUUUCAUUUCACAUUUUAUUUAUGAACUAUAAUUUCAGUUCUAAUUUAAAUAUAUUUUUUUCUAUGAUUUUUUUAUCAUUGUUAUAAAAUUCAAAAAAUAACAUUUUGUGCACUCUUUAAUUCAAUAUAACAUAUCUUAAUGGACAUUUCUAAUUUAAUUAUUUAUGUUGCAUAAUACCAGUACUGUUUUUGUUUUUUUUAAUGUUGAGAGGUACUAUUAACACUUUUGUAUUGUUUUCUUUGUUAACAUCUUCAAUCUCUGGUAUUAUUUACCCUUUUUUUUUUAUAAGAGAGGAAACUACAACCCUGACAUUUUGAUAAAUUCUAAACUGUAUAUGCAUUGCAAACCUUUAAUCAUUUUAUAUAUGUAAUGUUUAACUACUCUUGGGAAAUUCACAUUAAUAUUGUUUAUAAUCUUCUUAAAAGCAGAAGUAAACAACUAUGAAUUCUAUUGAAGAGAACAAAAGUAAAUUUUGAUAAAUUUAACUGAAAUGAUAUGAAAAUUCAUAGGAAAGCUUAAAAAAUGUGCCUUAGCGAGAAUUGAGGAAAAUCGUGGAGCACUUAUUGGCAUAUGUCACUCAGAAAGUUUUAAGUUGUAAUCCAUUCUCAUCAUUUUUUAAUUAUUUCCCCUGUCCACAUUCUUAUUUUGUUUAUCUAUUCAAUCAUCCACGGUAAUUAAAUGGAUAUCCACAGUAAAAUUAUUUAAAAAAUUGAAAUAAUAAAAUUAAAUCUCAGUUUAUCUCACUUGAAGAUAGAUGAUAAUUAUAUUUAGGAAAUUAAAUGUUGUUUUUUUUCACAGAUGGUUCGUAAUAACUGUAAGCAAUUAGUGAUUUUUCAGUUGAUUGCAUUUUUUAUGUAGGGGUGAUAUUUUAAUAAAUGUUAGUAUAAAAACAUAGUUUUAAAAAAUAGCCAUUUAAAGUUUGUACGAAUUUAAGAAAAUGGAUCUUACUAAUUUCAUAAUGAUGGAAAAGAAUUAUUUAUCUUAAUAUUACAGCAAAACUCUUUUAUUUUAAUUUAUUUACUGUAUUUUAGUUGGCAAGAUUUCCGUAUCUUGAUCUGUGGCAGAAUAUCGCAAAGUCUUGGCCACUUCCUGGCAGCGGCUCGCGAUAAACUUAAAAAUAGUUCAUCACAGAAAGAGACCACCUUGAAGGGUGUAUUUUUUAGCCACCCCCAGGCAAACCUCUACAUGUUUUAUUAUUUUGUUUUUUAUUUUUCCCAUUUAAAAUCAAUUUGACGGUUGUAGCUGGCCUGGUAGAUCGAGAUGCGGAACUGAGCGGCACACAACCUUUUUCUAUACAGGGCAGCAAGAAAAAAGAAGCCCUUGGAGCCGCUAUAGAUUUAAUGUUACAUUGUUAAUAUCUGUUUUUCUUAAAAAUUAAGAGACCAAGUAGCAGUUAUUUAAGAAGUUUAGGUGUAAUAUAUUUAAAUUUAAAGAAAUAUUUCAAGAUUUGCACAUUUAUUCUUUGAAAAAAUUUAAUUUCAGCUGGUUUUCUACUUCCUCUACAAAAUUAAUUUAUAAGUUUUUUCUUGUCUGUGAACCAUUUCUUUAUUUUCUUGAUUUAUCAUUGAAUUAUGUGUACAGAAUUUUAAUUUUGAUGUUUCAGUUUUUUUUUCUGAAGUUUUUUAAAGUUAAUUUGGAAAACAUUGUUCUUACACUAAUUGUGCAAGUUUUCUUAAUUAAUUUUUGAUUGCAAGUCUGAGAAUGUAGCUGCAAGUUUUACACCCCUGUACUAUUGUAUAUAAAUGAAAACAAAGUUCUUUAAAAGUAACUAAAUCUUUGUGUUAUAAGCUAUUUUCAAUAGAGGGUAAUGCCGAAUGCGUUGCCAAAAUGAAUAAGCUUCUUAAAUCAAUUAAAUGCUACAGUCGGGGGGCUGUUUGGAUUGUACGAACAAUCUUGCUGCUAAGUGUUACUUUACAUGUUUUUUAUUCCCAUUGCAAUAAAAAAAUACAGUGUUUAUUCUGAUACUAUUUGUAUAUAUUAUGUCAUUUGUAUAUAGUCCCAUUUCAUCUUUGUAUGUAAAAAUAAUGCCUUUAUGUACAUGUCAUUGUAUAUUUUCAUAUUAAUAUUGUUUAUAAUGAAUAAAAAAAUCUUUUAGUUUU